GGAAAUGGCAUGGAGGAGGCGGCAUCAAACUCAGCUAACCGCACAACACAUGCCCUAUACGCAUGCACCACACCGCACAUGCACCUCCCCACACCCACUCAUCAAAUAUGACAACAGCCCCCAACCCCCAAGCAGAGAGACCUUUGCCCCUCUCUCUCCCCUCUUCCUCACCUCCUUUUCUUCUCUUCCUGACUUUCUCUUUCUUUUACAAACCCUAGGACCCUCUCCCUUGGAUGCUGCAAACUCCCUUUGCCUUUCAUGCCCGUUUGAGCUUCUCAUCCUUGGACAGGGGCAGCGGCGCGUGCCCUUCACGCGCAUUCCUCCUCCUCCUCGAUUCCACCGCUUGGUUUUGUUUGGGUAAGGUUUGGUAAUGAAGAGGAAGAUGUCUCAGAAAAUGUUGCGUAGGAGGCAGAAGAAGAAGAGUUUUGAAGAGCAGAAUGUUAAUGGGACUAAUAAUCGGUUCUUGAUCAGCGUCAACGUAUUGGGCAGCGCGGGACCCAUAAGAUUUGUGGUGAAUGAGGGUGAUUUGAUCGCCGCUGUCAUUGACACAGCUUUGAAAUCUUAUGCCCGCCAAGGUCGGCUUCCCCAUCUGGGUUCUGACAUCAAUCAGUUUCUUCUGUACUGCGCCAAUGUCGGAGCAGACGCCUUGAGCCCAUGGGAAUUAAUUGGGUCGUGUGGAGGAAGGAACUUUGUACUGUGCAAGAAGCAGAUAGAACCUCAGAUGAGGGAAACGAGGCCUGAGAUGCUUGGUCGGAAGGGGAGUGGCAGCUGGAAAACAUGGCUCAACAAGUCCUUUAAUUUCAAGAUAUUAUUAUCUCACUGACUCUUAAGUUUAUCAUGGGUACAUCUCAUCUCUUUAGCUAGUCUGCUUAGUGCUUACCCACAUCCUCACUCGUUGCAAUCACAAUUUUCCUGUCCCUUUUGGGCAUUUAAAUUAUGGAAGCAAAGAUGUUCUCCCGGGUCCUGCUCCAAAAGAGUAGUGUGAUUAAUUCACACUAUUUUCCUUGUUAGCUGCCGGUCGAAUCAUCUUUUUCAGAAGGUCAUUUUAAAGAGCAUCAUCUUCUCACUUUUUCCCAGUAAUGAGCAGAUAUUCCCGAUCUUUCCAGUCUUAUUGGUCAUUUUCCAAAGUGACAGUUGGAUAUGGCAACAUAUUAAGAUCGUGUAUAACCGAGGAUGUGAAAAGGGGAAAUUAUGUAAGAUGUCCUAUUCAUGAAAUAUAGAUAAAUUUAGAACCUAAAA